GAACCUCCAACUCCGUCCAUGUCCGCAUGCUGUCAUCCACCACUCACCGCGCUCUCAACCUCCUCCCAAACUGUCAAUCAUCCCUUGUCCACAAUCAAAAUCUCAUCUUUCAUCCUCCCCACGCCUCCCUCCUCCUCUCCCUCCUCGAUAGAUGCAGCUCUCUUCGGCACCUCAAGCAAAUUCACGCUCAAAUGAUCCUUUCCAACCUCAUCUCCUCUCCAUUCGCCGCCGGACGCCUUGUCGCCUUCUGCGCCCUCUCGGACACCCCUGCCCUUCCUUACUGCGUCGCUGUCCUUCGCAACCUCUGUAAUCCCAAUACAUUCUCUUGGAACGUCGCCAUUCGUGGCUACUCCGACAGUGACGAUCCGAAAGAAUCCAUCUUUUUGUACAAAGACAUGCUGAGAAGCAGCACCCGGCCAGAUAACCGCACCUUUCCGUUCUUGUUCAAGGCUUGCUCUAAAAUAUCGGGAUGCUUUCUGACGGGGAAUGCGGUUUUGGGGCAUGUUGUGCAGCUGGGUUUGAUCUCUGAUGUGUUUAUUUUCAAUGCUGCACUUCACAUGUUUGCUGUUUGUGGUGGGCUGGUGAAUGCCCGCAAGCUGUUCGAUGGAAGUGGUGUGAGAGAUCUUGUCUCUUGGAAUACACUGAUAAAUGCUUAUGUUCAGUGUGGGAAGCCUCAAGAAGGAUUGGGUCUCUUUCGGGAGAUGGAGGUGGGAGGUGUUAGGCCUGAUGAAGUUACAAUGAUUGGAUUGGUUUCAUGUUGCUCGCAGUUGCAGGAUUUAGAGCUUGGUCGGAAUUUUCAUCGAUAUGUUGAAGAAAAUGAGUUGGAAUUUACUGUCCCUCUGACCAAUGCUCUGAUGGAUAUGUAUAUCAAGUGUGAAAGUUUAAAGCCAGCAGAAAAUUUAUUUCAUGGUAUGAAGAAGAGGACAGCCAUCUCGUGGACCACAAUGAUUGUGGGAUAUGCUAAAUUUGGUUUGUUAGAUAAGGCUCGAAAGGUCUUUGAUGAGAUGCCAGAGAAAGAUGUUAUCCCAUGGAAUGCAUUGAUAGCCGGGUAUGUUCAGUGUAGACGAGGUAAAGAGGCUUUGGCUUUGUUUCAUGAGAUGCAAACUUCAGAUGUAAAGCCAAAUGAGGUCACCAUGGUUAGUCUUUUAUCUGCUUGCACUCAACUUGGAGCUCUAGAUAUGGGCUUGUGGAUUCAUCGUUACAUUGAGAAACAAAACUUCUCCUUGAAUGUUGCUCUUGGCACUGCUUUGGUGGACAUGUAUGCGAAAUGUGGUAAAAUUAAGAAAUCACUUCAGGUCUUUGAGGAGAUUCCUGAAAGAAAUGCGCUAACGUGGACCUCUAUUAUUUGUGGUUUAGCAAGUCAUGGAUGUGCAAGAGACGCUAUAGAACAUUUCCAUAGCAUGACAGAAAUCGGUUUAGUGCCAGAUGAUGUUACCUUUUUAGGUGUCUUAUCAGCUUGUUGCCAUGCUGGUUUGGUUGAUGAAGGACGGAAGUAUUUUGCUCAAAUGAGCUCAGUAUAUAAGCUGCCACCCAGAAUUAAGCAUUAUUCUUGCAUGGUGGACCUGUUAGGCAGAGCUGGUCUCUUGAAUGAGGCACUAGAGGUGGUAAGAACCAUGCAUAUCGAGCCUGAUGCCGUGGUAUGGGGUGCUUUAUUCUUUGCUUGCAGAAUUCAUAGAAAUGUUUCUGUGGGUGAGUAUGCAGCCGCAAGAUUGCUUGAAUUGGAUCCACAUGACAGCGGAAUAUAUGUUUUGCUAGCAAACAUGUAUGCGGAGGCAAACAUGAGGGAUGAAUCUGAUAAGGUGUGGGAGUUGAUGAAACAGAAGGGGGUAGAGAAAACUCCUGGUUGUAGUUUGAUAGAGGUGGAUGGCAUGGUUCAUGAAUUCAUAGUAAGGGAUAAAUCACAUCAAGAGUGCAAAGAGAUUUAUGCAUGUUUGACACAAUUGACUAAACAAAUAAAUUGUGAUAGAACUAUGGCUGACCUUUACUAAAUUGAUUGUUAUUAAGUAGUUAUCUUCUUUGUGGGAAACUAUGGAUGGUAGCAAAACUUGUGAGUAUAAUGCCAAGUCAUUGCAUAUCAUUUGGAGGGGAAUAGUGGAUUGAGUCAUUGGCAUCACACAUCCAUUCAGAAAAGCUGUUUCCUCUGGGAAUCUUCUGCAAAAGAUUACUUAACCCUGCUCCAGUGCUACAUCAUGGGGAGGCCUGGUCAGUCAUACAGUAAAUAGAAAGGCUUGCCAUGAAAUGACAUUUUGGCAUAACUGAGAUUAUUGGUGGUUUUCCUUUCAUUCCGAACAUGAUGCAAGUUAUGUGAAGAGGGAUUGAGAACUUCAGAAACCAUCUUGCAAGUGCAUUCAGGUCUACAGAUGUAAAUCUUUAUUCCACUCUAUUUAUUGCUAGGGUGUGAUGCAGAUCAUGGUUGAUGACAAAAGCCCAAGAAUGAACACAGUGAAAUCAAUUAUAAAUGGAUUCAUAAUCCAUUUGAUCUGACAUUUAUCAGUCUUUUAUAUUUUGGUGAAGAAUUUGUUAGAUGUCUCAAUCUGAUGCCAUUUUAAUUUUGACCAAGAAAGUUUACAGGGAGAUUAUCUAUCAGCCAUGCAAGAAAAUACAUGAUCAGAAUCAGAAAAACAAGGGGCUUGUGGAAA